GCUUUCUUCUUUCUUUGCUGCAGAUUUUCUUUGCACCCACUCUCGUUUUAGAAAAAAAUCGACCACAGCGUUCCGUCGGGACUGUCAAUCACUUUUUGGAUAAAACAUACUACAGCCACAAAAAAAAAAGACGCGCUAAGCAAGCAUCUCGGGGACACACAACACAAUGAGGUCUCUUGCUGCCCUCGUCCUGCUUCCCCUCCUCGCCGAGGCUGCGGGAAACCAAAAUGCCAAGAGGCAGCAGCAGUGCAUAAACGACAGCUGCUAUCGGGCUGUUGCCCAAGAAAACCGAAAGCAAGACUGCCAGAACUUCAUCGGCACGACAACGGUCACUGGGGAUCUGAUCCUCGAGACUGCGUUUUUCACUGUCGCCGUUACGGGGUUUGUGGAUCAGUUGGCCACUGGGACUGUGGUUGUCCCCGCCACCGCCCAAGUAACUCAACAAGUAACCAACACCGUGACGAGCUAUGUGGCAACAGUCACUUCUACAGUACUCCAGGCCGCACCAACAGAUGUCUCGCCCAAUUUUGCCAAGAGAAAGUUGGCCAGCAGACAGUGGGACUGGAGCUGGUGGAUGGCCAAUGCCAAGAUGCCCGGCGGAUAUCCCCUGUACGCGGCGACGUGCUGGGACACAUCCCGCUACGUCGCCGCCUGCAACUGCGCCGGCAUCAACACGCUGACCGUCACGCUUCCGGGGCCGGUGUCGACUACUACGUACACCGUGACCACGACGGGCGCGUUCCAGACUAACAUCAACACGGUCGGUCAAAACACCGUCACGAAUGUUGCUGGUACCAACGUUGCCACGCAGACCGUCACCACAGUCGUCCAGGCCACACAGACAGUGGUGGUUACUGCCACGGAUGGCAGCAACCCCCAGACUACUGGGUCCCCGAGCAGCCUGGCCACCUCGGUCACUCCAUCCGUAAGCGAGGCUGCCAGCUCCACGUGGUCCUCGUUCAGUAGUUGGACCAGCUCGACGUCCUUCUCCUUCAGUGUAUCCGCCAGCUCCACGUGGUUUUCCAGCGGCGCCCCCAUUCCUACUACGGUCCAGUCCAUCAACUCCACGCAGCCUCCCAUCAGCGAGCACACGGAGACAGUCAUAGCCACCGUCACCGCCACCGGGUCCGCGUCGGACCUGAGCAAGGCCACCCAGUCGCUUUCCAGCGCCAUAGCCUCAGACUUCCCCACGUCCAUCCUCACGGCCAACACCACCUUCGCCACGUCCACCAAGAGUGCGAGCGCGACCCCGACUCCCACGGGCAUCGCCAAGAGCUUCCGCCUCAAGGUGCAGAGCGGGCCCCUGGCCGACAGCUACCUCGUCCUGCAGGCCUGGAAGGACCUGGGCGCGGCCAAUGGCGGCGAGGCGUACCUGAUCACGUUCGCGGGCGGUAACAACGGGUCCACGACGGCGCCGUCGCUGUGGGCCAUGGGCGGCGGGCUCGACAUGCCAGGCACGAGUAGCUCGAGCAUCUACGCCGUCGACGCCUCGGCCAGGGGCAAGGUAGUCGUGGCGACGGUGGGCAUGAACUCGCGUGUCGCCGUCGCGGCCCCGGGAGCCGGAGCAGCCUACAUCGCCUCCGACCUGCUCCAGUGCGCCAUCUCUGCCAACAACACCGUCACCUGCCAGGAGGCGGGUGAUGACGGCGCGCCGUACAACCAGCUCGGCGACUGCGGUGACAGCCUGGGCAUCUUCAAGGGCUCCAACACGUGCGGUGGCGGCACCUUAUUUGCGCUCACUGCUGAGUACGUCUAA